AAUAUACAACCGUGGCAUGAUUAAAGCAAAAUUUGCUCGGAAUAAACUCAAACGCCGCAUUUGCAAUUAAAUAAAUUAACAAAAAUCAUUGUUAUUUAAUAAAAUUGGAGUGUUUUUAGUAAAAGUAUAUAUUAGAAAAAGCCUACAAUAAUGGACACAUACUUAUUUGAUGGUGGUCGUAUCCAAAAAAUGGAAGUAGAUUAUGCUCCAGCUUGCGAUGAGAAAAUACCAGUUGCUAAGGAGCUGGCAAAGAAAAAUCCCGAUUCAUUUCACGAGGCCAUUGAAAUGCUUUUGUCCUUGGAGAAGCAAACGCGUUUGGGUGCAGAUAUGGUCUCAUGCUCUCGUGUAUUGGUGGCCAUUUGCCAAGUAUGCUUUGAUGCUGGCAAUUGGAAUGCCCUAAAUGAAUAUGUUACUUUAUUGGUUCGUCGUCGUUCUCAGUUAAAACAAGCUGUUUCGAAAAUGAUACAAGAAUGCUGCAGUUAUGUCGAUAAGACUCCGGAUAAGGAGACCAAGCUUAAGUUAAUUGACACACUGAGAGCAGUAACAGAGGGAAAGAUCUAUGUGGAAAUCGAAAGAGCCAGACUGACAAAAAUAUUGGCUGAUAUAAAAGAGGCUGAUGGCGAUAUUCCCGGUGCGGCAGCUGUAAUGGAAGAACUGCAGGUAGAAACCUAUGGUUCUAUGGACAAAAGAGAGAAGGUGGAGCUUAUUCUGGAACAAAUGCGUCUAUGUCUAUUAAAAGAAGAUUUUGUUUCCACACAAAUCAUUGCUAAGAAAAUUAGUAUUAAAUUCUUUGAUGAUCCCUUACAACAUGACCUCAAAUUAAAGUUCUACAAUUUAAUGAUAAGUUUGGAUCGUGAUACCUCGUAUUUGAAGACAUCGCGGCAUUAUCAGGCCAUAGCAGAACCUCCAAAACCAGUGGAACCUAAGCCAGAACCUAUGGACGAGGACAAAAAGAAGGGUGACGAGGAUAAAAAGAAGAAGGAAAAGGAGGAGGAAACAAAGAAACCAGAACCUCCAACCCCUGUCGAGCUAACACCAGAACAGGAAAAGGAGCUUAAAGAUAAACUCAUCUGCGCUGUGCUAUAUUGUAUUUUGGCUCCCUACGACAAUGAGCAGAGUGAUAUGAUGGCCCAUUUGUCUAAAAACAAAAAACUAGAAGAUAUACCUGUAUACAAGGAAAUAUUACGCUUGUUCAUGUCCAAGGAAUUAAUUAAUUUCGAUACCUUCAACAACGAUUUUGGCACAGUCUUGGCCGAGAAUGAGAUGUUCCAGGAGAACACCAAACAUGGUAAAAAAUGCAUAACUGAAUUGAAAGAUCGUUUAAUAGAACAUAAUAUUCGUAUUAUUGCCAUGUAUUACUCCCGUUUGCAUUUGACCCGCAUGAGCGAAUUACUAAAUUUGCCCACAAAUCGUUGUGAGGAAUAUUUAUCGAAAUUGGCAAACAGUGAUACUAUACGUGUUAAAAUUGAUCGUCCUGCCGAAAUAAUUUAUUUCACCGUCAAGAAGAGUCCUUCGGAUAUCUUAAACGCCUGGUCAAAUGAUGUCAGCCAAUUAAUGUCACUGGUGAACAAGACCUGCCAUUUGAUAAACAAAGAAGAAUGCAUUCAUUCCGUCAAGGGAAUAACUGUGGAAGAUUAAGUUUUAUGUUGCAUAUUUCAUCGAUAUUAGCAUGCAAACCAAACUUUCACAACUGCUCCUAACGCUUAAGUAAACUUUAGUUCAUAUAACAUACAUACAACAUACAAACAACAAUUCUAGGUUUGAAAACUAACUAAAAAUUGUAACUACCCAUUUUUAUUAAAACACGUUGCAAUUGUCUACUUUUUGUAUUCAUUGAAUGAUAUACAGUAGUAAAGUAACAACAUUUUAAAAUAUA